AGUGCAUCUUGGGAUAAAGAAGGUUCCAUCGUUGUCUGUGUCGUCAGCAGCCUUUCGACGUGAAAUGAGUUUUGUUUCUUGUAAUUUUUUUAAUGUUUCUGCUAUAAAGUAAUUAUUAAAAGAGCAUCGUUGUAAAGGAAUAUACGUCGAUUUUGCAGGAGCGAAGAGUCCGUUAAGAAAAUGGGUGCUGAUAAGAGGAUCAGUCGGACAGAGCGUAGUGGUAGAUACGGUUCAGAGCAGUCCCGUGAUGAUCCAGACUGGCGAGACAGACGGGACAGAGACCAAGAGCGUGAUCACAACUCCAGGCGCUGGAGUGAAGAGAGGCGUGAUCGUUAUGAUGGAGACCGUAGAGGACCACGAGACAGCCCUGAGAGAGAGAGGAAACGGCGGAACAGUGAUCGAUCAGAAGAUGGUUAUCACUCAGACGGUGACUAUCAAGAGCAGGAUUACAGACGAGAACCGGGGGAUGACAGGAAGAGUAAGACCAUCAUGCUUGGGGGGUUAUCUUCUCACACUACUGAGGAGGAUAUUCGUUUUGCCAUUGACCAACUGGAGGGACCCCAGCCCAUAGAUGUCAGACUGAUGAAAAAGAGAACAGGUAUAAGCCGUGGUUUCGCCUUCGUGGACUUUUAUCACUUGCAAGAUGCUACCAGAUGGAUGGAGACCAAUCAGAAACUUCUGGUCAUCCAAGGCAAAGUUGUGGACAUGCACUACAGUCAUCCUAGGAACAAGUAUGAAGACUGGCUCUGCAACACUUGUGGCCUGUACAAUUUCCGGAGGCGAUUGAAGUGCUUCAGAUGUGGAGCAGCUAAAGCUGACGGUGAAGCGGGCAAUGCCGCUGGGCUCCCUGAACUUCAGCCCACUGGUGAUUUCUAUGGAGACACAAUCAUCUUGAGAAACAUUGCUCCUCUGACCACGGUGGACGCCAUUUUGACAGCGCUGGCACCAUAUGCCAAUUUGUCAGCCAAUAACAUUCGCCUUAUUAAGGACAAGCAAACUGGCCAGAACAGAGGCUUUGCUUUUGUUCAGCUGUCCUCCCCUCUGGAAGCUUCCCAGCUGCUAACCAUCUUACAAGGUUUGCAACCUCCACUGAAACUGGAUGGGAAAACAAUCGGGGUGGAUUAUGCUAAAAGUGCUAGAAAGGACCUCUUAUUGCCUGAUGGGAAUCGUGUCAGUGCUUUUUCUGUGGCCAGCACAGCCAUUGCAGCAGCACAGUGGUCCUCAGCUCAGCCACAGCAGAGCUCAGACGGGAUGUCAGAGUAUGCCUGUCUGCAGGAAGGUUACGCUCCUCUGUCACAGGACUACCAGACAUAUUAUCAUCAAGGAACAGCAGCCAGUACUUGUCAGGGAAAUGGAAUCCUAGGAGCUGCUCCAGGUGUAAAGCUGGUUCCUGCUGCCGUUGUGAUAUCACAGAGUCCACAAGUCUACCAACCACAUAUCAUUGCGCCACCUGCUGUACAGGCAUUGCCUCUUGUCCAGCAACUGGAUGCAAAACCUCAGCCAGGACUUGCAGCUGUUGAAUCUGUAGCUCUGCCUGCCUUGGCUGUAGCUGCUGCCCAGGUUAAUGGAGCCAGUGCAAUACCAGCUGCUGGACCAGGCCGGGGAGUCCACCAGUGGUUCUGUCCUGAUACAUCUACCUAUCAAUAUGAUGAGUCCUCUGGCUAUUAUUACGACCCUCAGACUGGCCUUUACUAUGACCCAAAUUCACAAUAUUAUUACAACACUCAGACUCAGCAGUACCUGUACUGGGAUAGUGAGAAACAGACAUAUGUACCGGCCUCUGGCAACAUAAACCCUGGGCAGAAUGAUAAAACAGCAAAUGGCUCAGCGGGAGGCAACAAGGAGCCUAAAGAGAAAAAAGAGAAACCAAAGAGCAAGACUGCACAGCAGAUUGCUAAAGACAUGGAACGGUGGGCUAAAAGUCUCAAUAAGCAGAAAGAAAACUUCAAAAGUAGCUUUCAGCCCAUCAGCCAAGAAGAGAGGAAGGAGGCAGCAGCAGCUGAUGCUGGAUACACAUUGUUUGAGAAGAAGCAGGCAGGUCUAGACAGACUCAUGCAAGAGGUUGCGAGGUGCGCUGAAGAGGAAGCACUUCCUAUAAGCUCUGCCAGUUCUUCCAAGUGUGGCCUGGUGGCAGCCUACAGUGGAGACAGUGACCCUGAGGAAGGAGUCGCAGGAGGAGAAUCCGAUGGCGGGGACCUGAGUCUGGACAAACUGACAGACUGGAAGAAGAUGGCCUGUCUGCUGUGUAGGAGACAGUUCCCUAACAAAGAGGGUUUAGUGAGACAUCAGCAGCUGUCUGACCUUCACAAGAAAAACCUUGAAGUUCUCCGCAGAUCUAAAAUGAGUGAAGCAGAGCUGGAAGAGUUGGAAAGGAAAGAAACAGAGCAAAAAUACAGGGACAGAGCAGCUGAGAGAAGAGAAAAAUACGGCAUUCCAGAACCACCAGUGCCUAAAAAGAAGAAAUUCAACCAGCCAGCACCAGUCGUAAACUAUGAACAGCCCACUAAAGACGGCCUUACCAGUGAUAAUAUUGGGAACAAGAUGCUGCAGGCCAUGGGCUGGAAGGAGGGGAAAGGUCUUGGUCGCAACCAGCAGGGCAUCACUGCUCCGAUCGAGGCACAGUUGAGAACUAAAGGAGCUGGACUUGGCACCAAGGGAACCAACUACACCCUGUCUGCUUCAGAUACAUACAAAGACGCAGUCCGGAAAGCCAUGUUCGCCCGCUUCACAGAAUUGGAAUGAGUUGUUUUCUAAUUUGAUUGCGUUGGUGUCAUCUGUGAAAUAUCAGCCAUACUAUCGCAGAGGAGAAAAUGGACUCCUGUUAAAUAAAUCCACUCUCUGUAUGACACAUAAUGGUUAACUUACUGUCACAAAAUGGACCACCAGAGGAGAUUUGUUAAAGUUACAUGAAGUUGUAAAGGAUCUAAUUUAUAAAUUGUACAUAUGCAUAAUGAGUCGUCUUUGUUGUUUUACAUUGCUGUUUUUUUCUUUUUUGAUUUAAGUUUGUCUUUGCAUGACUGUACAGUUUAUACGAAAUCUUGUCAAAUGUAAAGAAAAUAAAAUUUGAGAUCAAAAUUGGGAUCAUUA